CGUCGUCCGGUCUUUACAGGGGAACAAACAAACCCUUCACUGUCGUUAUCGUUACCUUACUAUAAUGAAUUUUAAUCUCAGGAAAGGCCUGGUUGGGCUUUUGGCUUGCUUGCAAACCGCCAGCGCGAUUCCGCUUGAUGCUCGCCAACUCGUCGUUGUUCCGGACCAAGAUUCCUUCUACUCUGCUCCCGCGGGGCUCAAUGCUACAGCUCCGGGCACAAUCCUCCGCUCCAGACCAGUCCCGUUCCCCAUCGCUGCGUUCAACACUUUGCCAGCAAACCUCGAGGCUGCGUAUCAAAUUCUUUACAGAACGACGGAUAGCCAUGGAAAUCCCGAGGCUGCCAUGACCACGCUCCUGGUCCCACACAAUGCUCAGCCCUCGAAGCUAUUGUCUUACCAGAUUGCCCAGGAUGCUCCUGACACUGCAUGCGCACCUUCUUAUGUCCUACAACUCCUGUCGACGCCGGGAGCCAUUAUCUCACAAGCAGAGCUCUUACUUAUAGAAGCAGCGCUUGAUAAGGGCUGGUACGUCGUGACCCCCGACUACCAAGGGCCGCAGUCAGCAUACGUCGCUGGUAUUCAGUCCGGGCAUGCGACACUGGACUCGGUCCGCGCUGCCCUGCAAUCGCAGAACUUCUCACAGCUCUCCCCAGAUGCCACCGUUACGUUAUGGGGCUACUCCGGGGGUGCUCUGGCGAGUAACUGGGCCGUUGAACUACAGCCCAGCUAUGCCCCGGAGCUGAGCUUUGCGGGAGCGGCCAUCGGCGGCGCGAUCCCAAAUAUCCAGAAUGUCAUGGAGACUAUCAACAACGGACCGUUCGCGGGACUCUCUGCCUCCGGAGUAAUGGGUCUGUACAACGAGUAUCCCAACCUAGCGGCAUACCUUGAGCAGCAAUUCGUGCCGGCGACAGAAACCAAGUUCAAGUCGGUCCGUGGCCAGUGCCUGCCGGCGACGGCUAUCGAGUUCGCGUUCAACGACAUGUUUUCCUAUUUCAAGUCCGGCAACGCUGUGAUCCAGGGCGCUAUCCCGCAGGAGGUUUUGAAGACGAAUACCCUCGGGCAGCAUGUCCCCACGACCCCGCUGUAUUUCUACAAAUCAAUCAAUGACGAGGUCAGCCCAAUCGCAGAUACCGACAAAAUUGUCUCCGGGUAUUGCGCUGGCGGGGCAUCAGUCCAGUACCAGAGAGACCUGUUGUCGGAGCAUGGCUCGCUCGCUGUCACGGGGGCGCCUGAGGCUAUGGUUUGGCUGGAGGCCCGAAUGAACGGAACGCCUGCUGCGUCUGGCUGCUCGACGAACUCAGUGAUCUCGACUCUGGAGGACCCAGCAGCAAUCGUGGCGCUUGGCGAACUAGUUGUUGGCGCCCUGGCAGCGCUCUUGGGCGCGCCGAUUGGACCUCUUAGCAUCGCUUAGAGCGGACCUGGAGAUGAUAGAUGAUUAUGCUUUGUUUACACUUUGGCCCCAUCCUGAUGGAGACGACCCUGGUUUUCUUUUCGUUAGAUGUAUAGACUUGCUCUCUGAUGUUUGCGCAUUGUUUGGCCCUUCCGAAAGAAUAUAGAAGUUGGUUGGUUAUCCCCAAACA